AUGGAGUCCCCUCACCACAUGGGCAUCCGGGAGCUCAAUGUGAGCAACUGGCACGCUCACAACGGCCUGAACACUUUCAACCACGCUGUCCCGGCCAUCAAAACAAGCGCAGCCUUCUUCACCUUCCUCCGCGCAAACCUGGUCCUCAACCCCUCAGCAAUGUCUUCAAACACGAGCACCCCCGUGCUCCAGCCAACAACCAGCGGCGUCUCCCACCACCGCCCUGCCGCACCCUCCCCCCUCGCAAACUCCCAAACUCUCGACCCCCUCGACGACAUCCCGCCCCUCUCCCUCGAGGUCCUCUCCUCCCGCGACGACAAGGCCGCCGCCCUGCACCUGAUUGCGGACUCCAUCGCCCAGCAGCGCCAACAGGCCUCCUUCGCCCUUGUCUUCCACCCCGUGCCCCUCGCCGGCCUCUCUCUCGCCCUCGGCGUCGCCUACCAGUACGCCAAGCAGGACCUCGGCACCACUCUCACCCUCCUCUCCGGCGUCCUCAUGACCUACCUCCUCGCCAUCCGCUACGUCACGUCCGGCUACAUCCCCCUCGCCGAGGCCGUCUCCUGGUCCUUCAUCCGCCCCGUCCCGGACGCCACCUCCCCUACCGAGGAGGACCUCGUCCUCGGCACCCGCUUCGGCUCCGAGAUCGUCGGCGCCCUCGUCCUGCGCCUCGAGCCCGCCGUCCCCAUCGCCGUCCCCGCCGGCAGCGGCGGCGGCCGGCGCCGCAACAAGGCCAGCAGCUUCCGCGGCGGCAAAGGUCUCAUCCGCGCGUGGACGACCAAGCUACGCUACCGCGGCAAGGGCGUUGGCACCGACCUGCUCCACGAGGCCGUGCGCAUCACCCGCGAGCGCUGCGGCAAGGACGCCGAGGUCGGCUUCGCCUUGGAGCACGCCAACAGCCAGAUGGUCCUGCCCGAGUUCUUCAACGGCACCUUCCGCAAGCGCGAGCGCUGGGCGGCCAAGACGCUCGACGGCGUGCUGGCCGAGAGGGAGAUGCUCAAGAAGAAGAGGUGA